UCCUGGAUUCAGGCAUAACAACAGAGAUGGCACUGACAAAAGCACACUGCGAGAAAUGGCAAGUGGUGACCUUCAUUUUAUUGCUGCUUUGGUGGGAGGUGGAUUCAGAACCGAUUCAGUAUUCUGUAUUGGAGGAAACAGAAAGUGGCACGUUUGUGGCCAACUUGACAAAGGAUCUGGGACUCGGGAAGGGAGAACUGGCUAUACGGGGUGCCCAGGUUGUUUUCAAGGGAAACAGACAGCUUUUGCAGUUUAACCCACAAACCUAUGAUUUACUGUUAAAUGAGAAGCUGGAUCGUGAGGAGAUGUGUGGCUCCACAGACCCGUGUGUGCUACCUUUCCAGGUGAUACUAGAAAAUCCCUUGCAGUUUUUUCAAGCUGCCUUGAGAAUUCAAGAUAUAAAUGAUCAUGCCCCAGAGUUCCCCACCAGAAAAAUGGUACUGAAAAUAUCAGAAAUUGCCACACCUGGAAAAGUAUUUCCCUUGAAAAUGGCACAGGAUUUAGACACUGGUAGCAACAGCCUCCAGAGCUAUAGAAUCAGCCCCAACCCCCACUUCCACAUCUUUACUCAAAAUCGCAAGGAUGGCAGGAAGUUCCCUGAGCUGGUACUGGACAAGGCAUUGGACCGCGAGGAACAGUCCGAGCUCAGACUAAUUCUCACAGCAUUAGAUGGUGGGUCUCCGCCCCGGUCAGGUUCUACAGAGAUUCAGAUUCUGGUACUGGACAUCAAUGACAAUGCCCCAGAGUUUGCACAGGAGCUUUAUGAGGUUCAGAUCCCUGAAAAUACCCCUGUUGGCACCCUGAUAAUUAGUGUCUCUGCAAAAGAUUUAGAUGCAGGAAUUUUUGGGGAGGUUUCCUAUGCUUUAUUUCAAGUAGAUGGUGUUGACCAACCCUUUGAAAUAAACGCAGUUACAGGAGAAGUUCGACUGAUGAGAAUGUUGGAUUUUGAGGAACUUCAAUCAUAUCAGGUGGAUGUGGAGGGCACAGAUGGCGGGGGACUAUCAGGGAAAAGUUCAGUUAUCAUCAACAUUCUGGAUGUAAAUGACAAUGCUCCGGAAUUAACCAUGUCCUCACUCAUCAACUCCAUUCCUGAAAACUUGCCAGAAACUAUGGUGGCAGUUUUCAGUGUAUCAGAUGCAGAUUCUGGACAAAAUCAACAAGUUGUUUGUUCUAUAGAUGAGGACCUUCCCUUUCUUCUAAGACCCUCAGUGGAGAAUUUUUACACCUUGGUCACAGAAAGCGCACUGGACCGAGAGAGCCAGGCAGAGUACAACAUCACCAUCACGGUGACAGACAUGGGCACCCCCAGGCUGCAAACACAGCACACCAUCACAGUGCUGGUGUCCGACAUGAACGACAACGCCCCCGCCUUCAGCCAGCCCUCCUACACCCUGCUGGUGGGCGAGAACAACAGCCCCGCACUGCACAUAGGCAGCGUGAGCGCCAGUGAUCCCGACGCGGGCAGCAACGCCCAGGUGACCUACUCGCUGCUGCCUUCCCAAGACCCACAGCUGCCACUCGCCUCGCUGGUGUCCAUCAACGCCGACAACGGGCAACUAUUCGCGCUGCGCUCGCUGGACUUCGAGGCCGUUCGCGCCUUCGAGUUCGGCGUGGGCGCGUGGGACCGCGGCUCGCCCGCGCUCAGCAGCCAGGCACGGGUGCGCGUGCUGGUGCUGGACCGCAACGACAACGCGCCCUUCGUGCUGUACCCGCUGCAGAAUGCGUCGGCGCCCUGCAGCGAGCUGGUGCCCAGGGCGGCAGAGGCGGGCUACCUGGUGACCAAGGUGGUGGCGGUGGACGGCGACUCGGGCCAGAACGCCUGGCUGUCGUUCCAGCUGCUCAAGGCCACGGAGCCCGGGCUCUUCAGCGUGUGGGCGCACAAUGGCGAGGUGCGCACUGCGCGGCCGCUCAGCGAGCGCGACGCGCCCAAGCACAGGCUGCUGGUGCUGGUCAGGGACAAUGGCGAGCCGCCGCUGUCGGCCAGCGUCACGCUGCACGUGCUGCUGGUGGACGGCUUCUCGCAGCCCUUCCUGCCGCUGCCCGACGCGCCGCCCGACGCGCCUCCCGAUGACCGCCUCACCGUCUACCUGGUGGUGGCCUUGGCCUGCGUGUCAUUGCUCUUCCUCUUCUCCGUACUGGCCUUUGUGACCGUGCGCCUGUGCCGGCGGGCUGGCCCGCCCGCAGGGGGCCCCUACCCGCUGCCUGACGCGCACUUCCCGGGACACCUGCUGGACGUCAGCGGUGCUGGGACCCUGUCGCACAGCUACCAGUAUGAGGUGUGUCUGGCGGGGGGCACUGGCACGAAUGAGUUCAAGUUCCUCAAGCCCAUUCUGCCCACCUUUCCGCCGCAGGACACUGGUGAAGCAGUAGAGGAAAACCCCACCUUUAGGAAUAGCUUCCCAUUCAGUUAAGUAUUGUAUUAUCCUACUAUGCUC